UAACAUGAGGAAAAUAUUAAGGAAUAAACUUUUCUUCCUUUUUUCAUAUUCUUAAGCUCAUUACUAUAAAUGAUACUGAAUCUAAAAUGUCAACGGUUGUCUGUUCUCUGUGCAUGUUAUUUUCGGUCUUAUUAUUUACAGUGAUUAUACCUAGCGAAGCUAUAGACAAUCAGUGUGGAACCGUCUCUCUCAGAACCGAAAAGGUGGUUGAAAAUGGGACCGUGAAAAUUGAGUAUCGUCCGUCAAGUAAUGCAAUGCAUUACAGAGAUAGCCUCGAACGUAAAUGGUCACGUUAUGUCGGAAGGUAUGGCAAAACAUUAAAAUUGAAUGCUGGUACUUACACAGAGAAAAAAGAGCAAAAUUACAAAUAUGUGUUGACAAUAUACAGGUUCAAUGUUUCUAUGAAUGGACAAUAUAGGGUUCAUUGUGGUUCUCCUAUAGGAAGGUACACAGAUCCUGUUACCGUGAACUUACCAGAACCACCAAGUGGACCUCUGUAAUAGUUGGUCUACAAGACAUAGAAAAUUGCAGGGACUGUAUUGUUGCUGAUGAUAAUAAACGAUCGCACUUGCCUGUGUGAUACACGGUGGUACCCGUCCUCUGACCAUUACCAUGACAAUAGGAAAUGAGACAUAUUGCCCUCAAAAUAAAUCAAACCCAACAACCUAUAUGGUAUUUUUCACAGUUAGGGACCACCAUCACAUGAAAAAUGUGAUAUUUUCAGUCAUGAAUGAUGCAUUGUCGUCACCUUUGAAAGCUACCGCUCAGAUGUUUGUUAUAAAGCCUCCAGUUAUAGGGUUCAAUAUAUCUGGAUCGACAUUAAAUAUUUCUGAAGGAGAACGGGCACAUGUUAAAUGUAAAGCUGACAGUGUUCCCGCCUCCAAUGUUUCAUGGACUGAAGAGUUGAGAAAUGGAAACAUAACAAAGAAGCAAUGUUACUUGACACCAAAUUGCGUAUUAAAUAUUGAUACUGAUGAAGUUUCAAACACGCGUUUCAAAUGCCAGGUUCACUAUAAGACAAAAGUUUACCACAAAUAUUUGACUAUUCACAUAAAAGAUAAAGUUGAUGAAGACGAUAAGUACAAUAACAAACAGGGAACGACCGGCCAAACGUUGGACAAAUCAAUAAUAUGGAUAAUACUGGGUGCAUGUGUACUUUUGGUCGUCAUCAUUGUCAUAGCGGUCUUGUUUAUUGUCUUCAGGAAAAAAGAUCAAACUCUUGAAGAUAAGAGAGAAGGUCGGGUACAUCACCACACACAGGAGGGCCAUACAAGAUGUACUAUACAAAAGUCGGAGGAUCGCCAAGCGGGAAAUCAAAACGAGCAUGCGCUAGAUAAUGAGGCCAAAGAGAAUCGUCAAGAAGGAAAUCUGAAGCAGAGCGGGAAUCGGAUACAUGAUGAUGACGACGUUCCUAUAUAUUCUCAACCAGUAAAAAAGAAGACGACAGAAAACCCAGACAAUAUCUAUGCGCAAGUAAACAAGACAAGAAAAUCCGCUCCUUCUCCUUCUUCUGCCAAUUCUUCAAAAGUGGAAAAGGACGGACAAUUGCUGUAUGCCGCCCUUGCCUUUGAUCCAAAUGCGGCUCCGUCAAAAGCAGCAGUUGCCAAACAAGAAGAUUCACCCACAGAGUAUGUUGAUAUAGAUUAUGUGAAGACGAAAGCUAAUAAGUAAAUUAAUGAUGACCCUACGAAACAGGAAAAUUUGUAAGCUCAUUGACAGGAUUUUUAUUAAACGAGUGGUGUAAAUACUUUGAUUAUACAUUUCAAAACUAUUAUUGUCACAAUGUGUUUUUCUUUUUGUAUAUUAUUCUGCAAAGUUUAUUACGCAUGAUUUAUUGGAAAAAGAAACAUUCAUGAAAACAAAGUAUACUACAGAAUUGAUAUAGACACGUAUGUUUGUGUCUUUGUCAAGGUUUAUUGAAAAGAUUUGGCUAGUUGUGAAUAAGUUUUAUUAUAUUUGAAAAGUUCCGUGUCAUUAGGUUUUACUUGAUAUUUGUACAGUUGUAUAUUCUUGAACAAUGUUUUUAGGCAUUUAUCUUUAAGGCUUGCAUAGUGUGACACGAAAUGAAUUGAGUUUAUUAUCAAAACAAUUAAA